CGAAAAGAAAGGAGUCGGCGGACAUGAACCGGGCCUGGGCAAGUUGGUUGGUGAAAGUGGAGUGAAGACCAAAGGCAAUGGAGGUACCACCUGUAAGCAGUGCAAAGAUUUUGCUGGAAAGGAGUCUGCCAUCUCUGCCUCUACCGAGUCGACGUCAACUGCGCUCUAUGAGAAGGUGCCAAGUCUCAAGAAUAUGUCUGACGAUGAUGCUGCUGCUGGCCUGUCAACUGAGUGCUAAAACUAGGAAAAAAAGAGACAUACCAGACAUUGUUAGCUUCAUCCACGACCAAAUGAGAAAGAAUAAGAGACAAGCUUAUGCUGUUUCGACUGCUGCAGGUCACCAAACAUCUGCCGAGUCAUGGGGAACUGGACGUGCUGUUGCUCGUAUUCCUCGUGUUCGUGGUGGCGGUACUCAUCGUUCUGGUCAAGGAGCUUUUGGGAAUAUGUGCCGUGGUGGUCGUAUGUUUGCUCCAACAAAAGUUUAUCGUCGUUGGCAUCGUCGUAUCAAUAUUGCUCAACGUCGUUAUGCUGUUGUCUCUGCAAUUGCUGCAACUGGAGUGCCAGCAUUAGUUCAGGCACGUGGACAUGUUAUUGAUCAAGUUAGCCAGGGGCGUAGCCAGGGGGGGGCUGGGGGGGGGCUGAAGCCCCCCCCCCCCCGAAAUGGGAGAAAGGGGAGAAAAAUUAGGAGAAGAAUUAGCAAAAAAGUGAAUUUUUUUGGCCUACGACCUUCCAAAAUUCAAAAAAUUUUCGCCUGCGGCGCUGAAAAAGAAAGAAAUCUGGCUUCUUGA